AUGCAAUUCAAGAGUUCUACUAGCUUUGUCAUCACUGGUAUGCGAGCAGUUAUGCCGUGCUCUACAAAUAUGUGGCGCAGACUGACUGCUAUCGGCACCCCUCCAAGAUAUAGUGCAUGUGAUGUUGACUUAAAACAGUCUGAUCCUCAGCCAAACAACUGGCUGUUAAGUGAUCAAAUCACAGUCAGUGAAGCCAACAGGAUCGAUAUCACUGUCCAGUGCAACAUCAGAGAUUGUUCUACCUUCCCCAACAAUGGAGGACAUCACUGCGUGAAUGUUUUUGACUUAUACGUACACCAAUCAGACUCGGAUCUCUAUCCUGACCCUCUCACUAAUUCAGUGGCGUAUAAAAAAAUAGCAGAAAUUAAUCAGACUACCGAUAAAGCAAUAAGCGUCCUUAUUAAAGGAAAACACAUUAUUUUAGCAUUCCAUAAUUAUGGAGCCUGUAGUACUCUGUUCUCUGUUAAAGUCACUUAUAACGUUUGCCCAGACGAAACACUCAGUAACAGUUUGGUGUCACUGCCAAGGACUGUAGCGCCAGCAAAUGAUUCUGAACCCACUCGAGUUGAAGGAAACUGUGAUGAAGAUACUGUUCAAGUAUCUGGCCGUUUGUACGUUCACUGUGAGAGUAAUGGCGAGUGGAACACCACUGGACUUGAAGGAAGAUGUAUUUGUAAAAAAGAUAUGCAGAAUAAUGACGGGAUAUGCAAAGGUAAUGUUGUUGCAUUUACCAUACUCAGCCUUAAAAGCUAA